AUGACUUUGGAGGAGCGUGCUGAACUCAGUCUCACAGGGUAUUUGCUGCUGGAACUAUGGCCCUUGCUUUCUCGCAAGCGGGAAAUAAAGUAUUCCCGCAAGAAGGGUUCUCAUUUCAUGGCUGGCCAGACGCGGCAUUACCUCCAGUCUACCGCGCUGUGCGUAUCCGUCAUCGCUGCGACCAAAGAAGCGAAUUGGGACCCAUUUGUGAGGAGCCAGAACCUGAGCGAGAUUCAUGUGGAGCAGCACUUUGGUCGCCUGAGAUCUUCUUCAGCGAGUGGAGAUUUGACUGCACGUUCCUAUUGGGGGUAUGCUGCGAAAAAUGCACGGGCGCAACUCAUGAGAAUCAAAGGACAAUCUUUGCAUCCCAGCAGUCCGUCCAGUGAGCCAGCUCUUUCUGAGGAGACGUUCAAGAAGGUUGCCCAAAGUGCAUGGUCAUCUGCUAUGCAGCUUGUGGCGGAAUGUGGAGGCUGCUCCAAGAGUAGCUUGGAUGCCUACUACCGGAUGAGCUGUGAAGCAGGGCAUGCCGCUUUUGACCUCAACGAUGAGUGCAAUGAGCCAGGGGAGUUGGAGGCGGCUGAGGAAUGCGUGGAAGCAUAUGAGGAGCACAUUUCAGGCAUUGUGGAUGAGAAUGACCUCAAGGUGGUGCUGGACCGUAUCCAUGAGAUGGCAGUGGAAGAAAGCAGCAAGAACGAAGAUGAGAAUACGGAUACGCCUGUUCUGCCAGAUCCUGCUGACCCCGAACUGAAGCUGCCAGAUGGAGAAAACUUGAGAUCUCUCACGACUAGUGGAGAUGCCCAGGUGGCCCCCGAAAAGCCUGCAGAGUCCUGGAAGGGUUUGCCAAGAUCUCUUCGCGAAGUACUGUCAGCCAAGCCACGCCCAUCGGCGUCAUCAAUCCGAAUUGAUUUGGUGAAAGGCUUCAGGGCCUGCCUUCUCCAUGAAUCAAAAGACAGUGCAGAUUGCUUUGAGCCGACAGAGCAUGUGUGGCUCUACACUUCACAAAAUGUAUUUGCAGUGCUUGACACGGCUGCCUCAACCGACUUGAACAGCGGCAAGAUUGUCUUGACACAUGAGUCAUCUGAGGCUCUCCAAAGGCUCAAUGAGUGUCAGGUUGGUUCAUCCUUGAAACUUCACAGCAAGAAGAAGAAGAAGCAGGGGAAGCAAGUGCGUUCCAAGAGAGUUGCUGCGGCUCUAAAACUUUCCAAAGAGGAAAAGGGAUCCAUGAAGGCGGUCAUCCAAGCGAUCGGAAAGAAGAACAAGAAGGCAAACGGAACAUCUUCUAUGGAUGUCACAGUGGAAGACAUCAGGCGAUCCACUUUGGGUCGCAGCAAUGUAAAGCAGGUGGUGAGCUUGAUCUUUGACAAGGAGCUCUUGGCAUUUCAAACAGAUUCCUACUUUGAUGGUGAUGGAUAUUGCCGAAUUCCUCAGGCCAAGGAUUGGACCAAGAAGAGCUUGCUCAAGAAU